UUGAUUUGCGUUCAGUUGGAUUGGAGACUUGACGUGUAAGGAUUUAAAAAAAGGUAUUCAAGAAAUACCUUCAUAUGUCAACAAUGAUGGAUGGGACCAUCGGCCUCAUCUUUCUGCUGGCUAUAAGUCAAGUGAGCCGGUCAAUGGAAACAGAUACUGGUCCACAUGGAGGGCAAUACAGUUAUAUUGAAGUCCAAUUCGCUGGUGUUACGUGGGACCCGAAUUAUGAUGACUCCGGCAGUACCGAAUUUCAAACCUUGAAGGAUUCUUUUCUUGAUAACGUAGAAUCGGCAACAAGCAUUCCAAAAGCAAAGUUCUACGACGUUUGGUUUUAUCAAGGAACUGACAUUAAUGGAGACACCGUAAAAGGAGAACUGAAAGUAGAUACAACCGAUACUGAGGGUAUUGAUGAGUCAGCGGUACAAACGGACUUGAUAGACAGCCCAAAUUUUGUAGAUGCAAGAGUUUGGACGGACGAUUCCUAUAACAACGAUGACGGAGGAGGAACAGCACAAUAUAGUUAUAUCGAAGUCCAAUUUCCAGACGAUACUUGGAGUGCCGCUCUUGAUGACUCUAGCACUAUGGAAUUUGAGACAUUGAAAACAACUUUUAUAUCUGAGGUUAUAUCAGUAACCAACUUCCCAGAGGAAUUAUUCUACGACUUCUGGUUCUUUCCAGGGUCGGACGCUAAUGGGAAUAACGAUCCAAAUAUCGUUAAAGGAGAAGUCAAAUUGAACACAACCGAAAUGGGUGAUAUAGAUGAGACACAGCUUCAAGAAGACUUGGAGUACAGUGGAUACUUUAUUGCUGUUAGAGUAUGGACAGAAGGAAAUGAUGGUAACAAUCCGACAGAGUCUGUUCUUCUUUGUGGCAAUCUUACUUUUUGGACAACGGAUGUAAUUUGGAAACCAGCGUUUAGUGAUAAAAACUCCGAUGAAUUCAAUAAUUUCAUAGCAAAUCUAAAUAUUGAGAUUGUAUCAAAAGGUAACGACCCAUCUUUAGAUAACGUAGAAUUCAGUGGGUUUGUCGUACUGGCAUUAUUUGAAGAUAGUGGUGUGGUAUUUGCAAAUUACCUGAUGGCUCUAGACAUACCACCUGGCAUGGAUAUCAAUCCGGUAGCGAAAGAUCUUUUAGAGUCAUUGGACACUGUCGAAGUCGCCACUGUCGAAACUUGCAGUCCUGAAGUGACAGCAGAGUUUGGGGAAGGUUCUUCCGCAGAAAAUGAUGGUAAAUACUAUUUCUUCAACGGAACUGCGAAAUUGGCCACCGAAAUUUGGGACAACGCACUUUUGGACCGUUCAAGUUCUUAUUCAAAUAAUUUAGCUCUCUCUAUAGGACAACAGGUUCACGAAGCUUUCACAGAGUACUUACAUGAGACUGAAAUUGUUCAAUUUACACACUCAAUAGAGGACGACAAAGUAAUUAUUGAAUUCAAUGGAAUUUUUAAAGAAGUGGAAGGUGUUUUUGACGUGCAUGAUCUUGAAAACGGAUUGAAUGAUAUGCUUUUAUUCGAAUGGGUUACAAUAAUGAAAGACGAUUAUGAAAUAGAAAUUUCGUCUGGUGAUGGAAUGAAUGAAGCUGAUCACUUUGAGGGAAGUGUUACACUUGUUACGCUUUGGAACGAUAACCUUUUAAACAUGGAUUCACAAGAGUUUAUGGAUGUGAGAGACAACGUUAUAACCGAGAUCAACAGCAAUUUGGGCAGUGUUAUAGUGUCUAUAGAUGUAACAUAUUUUGAAAACGGAAAUGGCAACGUCGUAGCUUACCUUUAUGGUGUGAUGGACAAUACAGAUCAAGUAUCUUUGGAACAAAUGCUGCUUGAAUUAGAUCUUUUUAUUGAAGCUUACAUUACAUUAUUAGAUAUCGACCCCUCACAGACAUACGAUUACGGCUCAUCUACUAUGUAUGACAGCGGUGAAAUGCAAGACGUUUAUAUAUUUUUUACCGCGCAGCUUCCAGAUGUUCUAUGGGUAAACGAAUUAGGCGAUCCCCUAACGCAAGAAUAUCAAGAAUUAGAACAAACUGUUCUGGCAAAGCUUGGUGGAGCGAUUGGCAAUUUAGUGAUGGAAAUAUAUAUUACUAGAUUCUUUCCUGGAAGUACUUAUGUAGAAGGCUUAGUCCAAGCACCGGACACACCCGGGAGAGUUAUUGAAGUAGAGGAAGGUUUGAAAGCGGACGGGUACUUCAGCAAUGUUAAUAUCACUGUUGAAGGAGGAAUGAAUCCGUCAGAUACUUCUGAUUAUGACGACUCUAACACAGAAUGGUUUGAUAGUUACUCUGGAAGUGAAUCUGGAAUUCACCCAACGAGUACCAGCGACUAUAUGGACAGUUUUGAAGAUUCGUCAGACUAUUAUAUGGAUGAAAGUGACUACAUUUAUGUUACUUUAACAGUACAGCUAUCCCAGGUUCCAUGGAAUAUCGCGUUGGGUGAUCCGAAUACGAUAGAAUCUGGAAAUUUAAAACAAACUGUUGAGGCAAAGCUUUAUGAGGUUAUUGGCGAUUUGAUGAUGGAUAUACACAUUAUGGGAUUUCAUGAGGGUAGUACCUAUGCAGACGUAUUUGGUCGUGUACAAGACAACCCUUCGAGUACUUACCAAAUAGAGGAACGUUUGAACGCACAUGUGAACUUUAGUAAUGCAGUGGUUACCGUUGAAGGAGGGAUGAAUCCGUCAGAUACUUCCGAUUAUGACGACUCUUACACAGAAUGGUUUGAUAGUUACUCGGGAAGUGAAUCUGGAAUUCAUCCAACGAGUACCAGCGACUAUAUGGACAGUUUUGAAGAUUCGUCAGACUAUUAUAUGGAUGAAAGUGACUACAUUUAUGUUACUUUAACAGUACAGCUAUCCCAGGUUCCAUGGAAUAUCGCGUUGGGUGAUCCGAAUACGAUAGAAUCUGGAAAUUUAAAACAAACUGUUGAGGCAAAGCUUUAUGAGGUUAUUGGCGAUUUGAUGAUGGAUAUACACAUUAUGGGAUUUCAUGAGGGUAGUACCUAUGCAGACGUAUUUGGUCGUGUACAAGACAACCCUUCGAGUACUUACCAAAUAGAGGAACGUUUGAACGCACAUGUGAACUUUAGUAAUGCAGUGGUUACCGUUGAAGGAGGAAUGAAUCCGUCAGAUACUUCCGAUUAUGACGACUCUUACACAGAAUGGUUUGAUAGUUACUCGGGAAGUGAAUCUGGAAUUCACCCAACGAGUACCAGCGACUAUAUGGACAUUUCGUCAGACUAUUAUAUGGAUGAAAGUGACUUUGAUGACUAUCUGACAGGCUCAAGUGAUGCUUUUUCAACGGAUAACAGUUAUGAUUCAACAAUGCCCACGCCUCCUAUGACUGAAACAGAUGACGAUUUUACCGGAUCUACAGAUUCUAUGGAGAGUACUGAUACAGAUUAUAUAGGACCAACUUCGACUUCAUCGGAUGACUCGACGGAAAUGCCGGACUACCAAGGCCCGCCCUGGGAAGGACCUGAACUGUCUCCUGAAAUACAUUCCUUUGUUGUAGAGGAGGAUGGUAAGCGAAAGCUUGCAUUGUCAUGUGACUGUGAAAUACCAGACGACUUUGAAUAUGAGAUCUCGUGGAAUGGCGAUGGAUAUGAGUUAUAUAAAACCAACAGAUUGACAGCUGCUGAAGCUAGAGGGUAUCAAGUCCCUGUUGAUCGCUUUGACUUACAUGGACAAUAUGCUUUAGACUUAGAGUACGUAUGUGUAAUCGACGUGUACAGCUUAAAUGGUGAUUUGGUUUAUACUACAGUUUCUGAUGCUGAAGACCCUGUUCAGGCUGAAUCCACCACAAUCGAGAUUAAAAGGGGCAAUGAUGCGAAUAUCACGGCAUACUUUGAUCUUCCGUUAAUUUGUCAAGAAGACGACGAAUGUUACAUCAUUAUAAAAGCGACAAUAUUAGAUGACGACAACUCGUGCAGCGAGCCAUCUCUGGCAGUGAAGGGAUCAGCAGAAACUUGUGGUAUUAGGAUAUACGGGAAACACAGCGGGGAUGAAGAUAUUGGAGAGAAAGCGAUCAAGUUUAUAUUGAGGAAUGAUGAUGAACAGUACGUACUUGGAAAAACACAGUUUAAGGCACGUGUGGAAAUAGAAACCUUCGGUUCCGUCGAAAGCUACUUUAGAGGUACCUUCACUGAGGAGAUUGAGCUGAAUGUAAAUGAGGAUGACCCUUUCUGGAAGGGCACACACUGUCACGCUACAAAUGAUCCAAGGUUUGGAACAUUUGACGAAUUACCAUACAGCGUUAAUUCGAUUGAUGGAACUUUUCUUAUGUACAAGAACACAAAGAAAUCGGCGGAGGUUCAAAUAACAACACAGUCAUGUAGCGGUGAUUGGACUAACGUGAAAUGCGUCUGUGCAGUAUAUAUAAGGAAUGGUAAAGAUGUUUUUGCAGUAAAUUUCUGUUCCCCACCAUUUACUUCUUCAUACCUACAGAGAACAGAGAAAAAAUCACUUUAUGUAGUGAAAGAGUCCCAAGGAACAUUUAUGGUGUAUUUUGCCCAUGGUACGAGCGUUUCCAUUUCUGUAUUGCCUCCAAGCACGGUGGGUAUGCCUGUAGUCAAUGUGAUUAUUUUCCCAUCACCAUCUGACGUGCGAAAUACUCAAGGUUUGUGUGGUGACCUUGAUGGGGAUGAAUAUAAUGAUUUAAAACACCGGGAUGGUACACAGACGCCUGUAACUUUAGAUGGACAAAACUGGCAAUCUAAUGAACCGACAGCGUUUGCAGAGUCCUUUAGAGUGCCGGCUGGGGAAGCUUUAGAUGACGAAAACAAUUUGGAAGGUUUAGAAGAUGUAAGCGACGAUGAGAGCUAUUGUGCCUGCACAGAAAAUGAACAAGUCUGUUCUACCAAUGAGAAGAGAACGUGCAAUGAUCGGGCUGACGAAUAUGAAAAUGCUCAAACUCGCCGCAAAAGGUCAACAAGAGCGCAAGAGGUCGAAGGUUUCCAUUUAGACCGCCAAGAGAUUAGUCGCCGUAUGAAACUAUGGAAAGAAUAUCGAUCAACCAGUGUAACAAGGAAAAAGAGAACGACGAAUGAUUGCCCCACAGUAACAAGAGAUGAAGCUCGUGUCAAUUGUACAGGACAGUUGGCAAAUGUCUGUGGCAAAGUAUUUGUAGAUACACAGGCAGUUAAAGAUCACAGUGACAAGAUAGAAGCUUGUGCCCGGGACAAACAGGAAACGUGUGCCGGUAUACCAUGGGAAUGGGCAGCUUGCAAUGCAGCCUUGGCUGUUUUGAAAAACGAAGUUUUAAAAAAUAAAGAGAUAGCCGAUGAAGACAGGUCAGAUAUAGAGGAUAAAAUACUUAAUUGCCCUAACCAGUGUAGCGGCAAAGGAACUUGUGGUGCAUCGGGUUGCCAGUGUAACUCCGGGUAUAGUGACGACGAUUGCAGCUUUAAUGAAGUCAGUCCACCUAUCCCUGAUUUGAUAUUUUCUGUGGAGGUCGAAACUGAGUUCACGCCUGAUGCUAAACCAUCCAAAAUCACUCUGUCGGCAUUAGCUGGAUUUUCAGGUUCAGGCAAAUGCAAAGUAAUUGCAAUAACGAUAACAUUGCCUGGUAACGAAAUAUCAGAGGAGACGCUAUAUUUCGAUCUCAUCAGAAUAUCUUACUAUGAAGCAGAAUGCCCAAUUCCGACAUCUAGCCGCAGACGACGCUCAACCGGAAGCGGAAGUAGUAGCGCUGUCACAACUUAUCAAGUAUCUGCCAGUAAUGACGGAAGUACGUAUGGAAGUUCGCUAGAUGUUGCUGUCUUAGACAAUACGUGUCUGUCAUUUAAUUCGACAACAAAUCAAGUAACCCUGACUCCAAACUAUUGUCUAAUCGAUGGUGUCUGUUAUUUGAAUGGUGUGAACAAAACAGGAGAAACUUGUUCUUAUUGCGAUGUCUCUUCAAAUGUCUAUGAUUGGACGUUGGAAACUGGUUACUGCCUGAUCGACGACGUAUGUUAUACAAAUGGAACGGAAAAGUCGGAUGACUCGUGCAAGCUCUGUCACGUUGGCGUGGAAACAGAUGAAUGGACACGUGACAAUGAAACCGAAUCAUGUAACGAGAGUGAUGACGAUGGCAGCGAAAAAACAGAAGGUUACAUUAUCGCCAUUAUUGUUCUUGUAGUCGUAUUUGUUUUAGCAGGUGGCGCUGUCGGAGGCUACUUCCUGUGGAAGAAGUAUAAGCUCUCCAAGUUUAGAAGUAUAGGACUCUUUGAUCACGUGCCAAGGGAUAAAUUCUCUCUUCGUGUUGAACCAUCAAAGAAAGAAAUGUUGAAAAUGGAGGGUAUCGACUUUGACCCAGAUAUGGAUGAAGGAAGUAACCAUCCAAAACCCGUACAACCACCACCGCUUUACAUGACUGCAAAUCUUCCCGUGCCGAGUGCGCCCAGCCAGGCGGCACCUGAAAAUUUGUAUACGGACCGCGGAACAGUUGCUUCGCUAGGGACACUGACUCCUGCAAUGGCUUCAAAUGGGCAAUCGGAAAGGCCGCACACCCCUAAUAUGCCAAACAUAGAAGGUUGAAAAUGAAAACUAUGCAUAAACAUUUUUGAAAUAUUUAUAUUUAUUAAGUUACUGUGAUAAAAUAGUUUGAAAUUGAGAAACUUUUGAACACUUUUGUUAAUUGUUUAAUUUCUUAAAUUGAUGAACAUAAUGCUACAAAAUUCUUUCCAUUUAGAUUUUUAAACAGUAAUGCACAUUUAUUUGACGCUAAAAUCUUUAGAGGAUCUAUUUUUAUGGACAAAGAACAAGGAAGAAAAAUUAACUUUUCUUUAAUAGCAUCUCAACUCAAACGUCUACACUUCUUUAUAUUUGUUGUUGAUAUUUCUUUGCUCAUGUAUAGUUUAUUCCAGUUUUCAAUUCAUGAUUGAUAGAUUUGUAAAUGGUUUCAUGAAUACGUAACUAUAUACUACUGAUACAUUGUAAAUUAAAAAAAAAGACUUCGAUGAUUCAAUUUGAAAUCAAUAUUGAACUUUUUAAAAUCUUUUUAUAUCAGAUUUUCAUUAAAGGCCUAUUUUGCCUCAGAAAGUCGUUUAUUUUUAUUUAUUUAACAAAAGCCUUAAUUUUUGAUGUCCAUUAUAGUUUCCCCAAAACAAACUUGCUAAUUGGUCAAUUACCUAAAUUAUAUUUUGCUUCUGAUGUUUUUUUAUCAAUCAGUAAAUUUAUAUUGACUUAGUAUUGUGUAUGGAAGUCAACAUACUACUUUGUUUAUAUUCUGUUACUUUUAUGACAAAUGAUUUUAUGUUAAACACUUAUUUCUUAAAGUGAUAAGCAUAUACAUGUAACAUGCUCUAAAACCACAGUCUAAUCAUUAUAAAACUCGCGUCUUCCCUUUCUAUGAUAAGAAAAAAACUUUUUUUCUGAGAUAUAUUGUGUCAUUAUGUGUAAAUACCCUGUAUAUAUAUUUUUAUAUUUUUUAAACUUACUCCUUUUCUUUUUUCUUGAAUGAAACAUCAGUAAUGAAUAAAAUACUUAAUCGGAGACGGUCAUUUAUAAUAUGUAAUAAUGAAUUAUUUCUUUUUUUUCUUCCUAUCUUGAAAAAUAUAAUUUAAUAUAGUUAAGUUUUUAUUUGUAGGUCUGUUUGCUGUGAAAUUUUAAUUCUAUAGAUCACCAAGUUAUGUUUUCUCUGUCUUCCAUUUUAUUAUUGAUAAUAUACAUUUAUAUCAUUUGUUUACCUUUUUAUUUUAAUUUGUUAGCAUAAUUAUUUGAUUAGUGUAUCUGUUACUUGAAAAAAAUAUCUGUGAUGUUUCAUAUUUAGCUGAAUUUUAUUGGUGAUUGUUACAUCUUUUUUAUUAAAACGAAAUCUUUGAAAAGGUUUGAUUUCGCAAAUACCCCGAAUUCUGCAUAUUAAUUUACGUCAACAAAUUGUGCAACACAUUCUGAUUAAGAAAGAACAUUAAAAUCAGAUAAUAUCAUUCUUUGGUAACAAAAGUUGAACUUUGUGAACUCGAUUUUAAUAAUAAAUGAAAUGUCCAAUCGUAGUUUUGCAAAUAGUGACAUUUAUGUAAUCAAUUAAGCAGAAAUUUAAGUAAAUUGCAGUUUAAGUAUCCUUUUAGACAUUCACUAUAUUUGUAACAACCAAGAGCAGUGUUAACAUUAUUACUGCUUAUUUUUUGAAUAAAAUCUUCCGACGAAAAUAAUAAUUUUGAAAUUAAUUUGACAUCUCUGAACCGCAAACGCACCCUCACUAUACACUGUUUGUUAGAUAAAGCUAUUCUAUCAUUUUACCAACAUAUUAUUUUCUUAUGUUUGUUUGUGUGUGUGUUUUUUUAAUAUUGUCUUAAAUAGAACUUAACCCAUAAUCUUCAAGUGAUGUAUGAGACCAAUGUAGAACCAUAAGCAGACGACACGUCUGUGUAGGCUGAUUGUCUGCUCAUGGCCUGCAAUGUAUGCAAUUUAGUCUGUACUACCAUAAAAUAUCCUUAAAUGGCAAAUGCAUUUGUCCAGGUUGAAAGGUGGAGAGGUUCGUUGCAGUACGGGUUACAGCUGCACACCAUCAGAUAAUUGACAAAAAACGAAAAUUGAAAAAAAAAUUAGAAAAUGAUUUACAUAUUAUAUGUAAUGUUCUUAUAAAGUGUACCUUUGGCUAUCUUAUGAAAGUUAGAUGAAUUAUCAUUUUUACUUGUACUCAUGGUAUAAUGGUCUCUGAAGUAGAACCUUUUUCAAUAUGUCUUAAAAGAUAUGGCAUAAAUAUGAAGGUGUGCCGCGUUUUCUAAUCUAAAUUCUGUUGUUGUUGUUGUUGUUGUUGUUGUUUUAUAUUUUUUAUCAUUGUUUUUAAAAAUAAUUUUUACACUUUUGUUGUUUUUACCCAAUGGACUGGCUUCAACGUUUACGUUAAUUUGAUUACAUAUAUACAUAUCUAAACACUAUGUUUUGUAUCAUUUUACGAAAUUAAGUUUGAUUAUGAUAGUAAAUCAUUUACCAGACUUACGAAAGAACGCUAAUGUGUUACAGCGAAAAACAUGCUCAUGAAUCGAAUAAAUUUUAUUUGCCUGUUUAAAAAAAUCUACCGAGUUUUACGAUGUUUUUGUAACAUUCAAAUGUUACACCUAAAAUACAUAUACAAUAAUUUUUCUUUACUCUAAAACAAACACAUUGGAAAUUCGAUAAUAAAAGUACAAUAUAGAUAUAUAAGCAAUUGAUUCCUAAACGACAUCCAAACAAUGAUAAAAAAUGAAAGAUAAAUUUGUUUAUUGAGUUUUCGUUUUUCCGCUAUAUCACGACGAUAAAAAUAUGUAGGGAUUUUAGAUACUUAUAAGUUAGCUUUUGGGUCACUACGGGCUUGCAGGCAUUUUCAAUUUUGCCAUGUCGGGCGUCCUUCAGAAAAUAUUUUUACUUGAGUAUUUUAGAACAAAAUGGAUACAUGUAACAUCAGUGGUAUAACCUGAAUCCGAUCUUAAAGUAUAAUUUUUGAUAAAUACAGCGCUUAUGUUUAUCAAGCCUUAAUUAUUUUUUUACGGACUAGCUCAAUUUUAAGGAAGGCCUCCGGUCCAUGCUCUACAUCUCUAAGUGUUUGACAUGUCCUUUUAGUGUAAAGUUAUAUUAUCACUAUUUUUUAAAACAACCAAUCGGAUACAACUUUUGUUGAUUUUACAUACAACUACAGUAGCAACGUUUAAGUAUCUAAUAUCCACUCUUUUGCUUUAUUUUUCUUUCAAUUUGUUUUAAAAAGAUUUAUUUUGUUGUUUUAUUUUCACUUUUUAUUUGACUUUUGAUAUAAGAGUAUAUAUUUUUAUAAUGCGAAAUAUGUUUAUAUAAAUUUUUACAUAUUACAUAGAUGUUACUUCUUAUGUUAAUACCACUCAAUAUAUUUAACAUGCACAAAAGAAAUACAAAACGGAUCACGCAAUAAAAUGCAAAAUAACAAAGACAAACACCAGUAAGAUGUAUCAAAAUGAACACUAACUUAAUCAAGUACAACUACGAUAAAUGCACAAAUUUUGUUUCUAAAAACAUGUGUGAAAAUGAAACAAUAAAAGAGUUAUGGCUUUCA